AUAAAAUACUUUAUGGCAUUCACAAUAAGAUAUGUAAAAACAGCUUUUAAUCACAACAUCAAAGUAGUUCAUAGAGCUCCACUUGUUUUAAGCUGCAGAAAUUAUGUGUUAAAAUAUGUUGACCCAACAAAAUAUGCAUUAAAUGAAAUAAAAAUCAUAGAAGAUGAAGAUCCUCGUGCAGUCAAGAUCAUAGAAAAACAUGGGAAAGCUUGGCACUUAUUAGAUAAUGGGAGAACUGCAUCUUUAGCUCACACGGUGAGUGGUGACUUUGACAUUGUAAAAGGACUUUCCCGAUCGUUUGCGGUGCACUUUCCUGAGACUGCCAAACUUGCAAAGAAAGAGCAUCCACUAGGAAGUGUUGCUGUGUUACAAAAUAAAGAACAUUUUGUGUAUUACUUGAUUAUUCGUGAGAGUUGGUGGGAUCGUGGUGCUUACAGACCUAUGAGGGAAUCCUUAACUGCUAUGAGAGAUCAUGCGCUUAAAAACAGCGUUGAAAAUAUAGCCAUGGGACGACUGGGUAGUCUGGAAGGUGGUUUGGAUUUCAGGGAAAUCUUAAAAGAUUUGAAAAAUAUAUUCUACGACACAGGAGUUUCACUGACUAUUUAUCCUCGAAGAACGUAAUACACAUUUGUAUACAUAUUUUUGUAAAUAUAUUCUAUGUUAUUUCGUAGUAA